AUGAUCGCAAAGAAACUACUCCAAGGAAUUUCGCGCUUUCGAUGCGUUCUCUGGCAGGUAAAACAAUAUACCACUAUAACAAACGAACCGCAAUUUCUGGGAAUCAACAAUGUUUUUACCAAUAAUAUUCAAUUUAUCAAUCAAGAAAGUUAUGAAUCUAUUCCAAUAUACAGGAUUUUGAAACCUUCAGGCAAGCCUGAAUUACCUAGAAAUGAAAAGUUAAAUGAGACAUAUUUGAUAAAAAUGUAUCGCAGUAUGAUGACCAUAAACAUAAUGGAUAAGAUCUUAUACGAGUCACAAAGACAAGGUCGCAUCUCAUUUUACAUGACAAAUUUUGGCGAAGAGGCCGUGCAAAUUGGUUCCGCUGCUGCUUUAACUCUAGAAGAUAUGAUUUAUGCACAAUACCGCGAAGCUGGCGUCUUACUACACCGUGGAUAUCCAUUGCUGAAGUUCAUGAAUCAAUGUUACGGCAACUGUGACGAUGAGGGCAAAGGCAAGCAAAUGCCAAUACACUAUGGUUCCAAAGAGUUCAAUUUUAUGACUAUAUCAUCUCCAUUAGGAACUCAACUGCCACAAGCUGCGGGAGCUGCCUAUGCUUUUAAAUUGGAUAAAAGAAAUGCAUGUGUGGUUUGUUAUUUUGGCGAGGGUGCAGCGAGCGAAGGCGAUGCCCAUGCAGCAUUCAAUUUUGCAGCUACUUUAUCAUGUCCCAUCAUUUUCAUCUGUCGAAAUAAUGGCUAUGCCAUUUCUACACCAGUCUUCGAGCAAUUUAAAGGAGACGGUAUUGCGGCUAAGGGCCCAGCAUAUGGAAUUAACACAAUCAGAGUGGAUGGUAACGAUGUGCUCGCCGUAUAUUAUGCCACAAAAAAUGCUCGAGACUUCUGCAUAAAGCAACAGAAACCUGUUUUGAUAGAAGCUAUGACUUAUAGAAUUGGACAUCAUAGCACAUCGGACGAUUCUACGGCUUAUCGAUCAUCCGAUGAAAUCGCUCAAUGGAAUAUUCAGACACCACUUGCAAAAUUCCGUUUCUAUUUAGAAUCGCUUGGAUUAUGGUGUCAAGAAAAGGAACAAGAAUUAAUAAAUUCCACUAAGGAAGAAAUUCUUCACUUCUUUAAAGAAGCAGAAAAGAAAUCUAAGCCAUAUUGGAAGGAAUUGUUUACAGAUGUCUACAAGGAAAUUCCUGAUCAUAUCAGAAAACAAAUGAAUCUAAUGGAAAAACAUCUAGAAGAAUUCAAAGAAUAUUACCCAUUAAAUUCUUUUGUACAUAAAAAGUGAGAGAAAAUUUAUUUAUUAUAUAAAUGAUAUUAUAUUUU